AUGGAUAGCGCUCAAUCUCAUGAUCUGAUUGCGAAGAGGGUCAACCAACUUCCCCGUGUCAGCCUAGCCAGCUUGAAUCGCUUUGAACGAACUCCAGCAAGCGAUGACCCUUACUACCUUCCUGAAAGAUUACAGGGCCGGAGCAUGCAGUCCGCCGCCGUCGAGGCCAAUGCUGAAUUGUUAGAACGAUUUAUAUGCAAGAAAGCUACUAAGGUUGAGGAGGGAAAAAGGGAGGAGAUCAACAAGGAAGAAGGAGCUUAG